AUGAGGCAACUAUUCGACAACCACAUCGGCAUCACUGGAACUUUCCAUCGGAAGAUGGGUGACAUGCUCCACUAUUUCACGAUGCGUGACAGCAAGGUGUACGGCUCCACAGCCCUGUCCAACUGCAACGCCUCGCUCCAAUGCCUGGCAGUUGGCCCCGGGGAGGCAUCUCCUUCCGGCUGCGGCUCUUUGCCGGGACCUGAUGUGCGACGGGUUGGCAUCUUGUUGCCCAUCAUCACCAAUCGCGGGAAGACCUGUGAGGACGGGCCCGUCUUGCGCGCAUGUCCUUUGGCCAACCUCCCCGACCGCAACUGCGCGCUGCCGUGGGAGAGCCGCUACGGCACGCGCGGUUCCAGGAUGUCGGUCUUCCGUCUCGAAGAUGUCAAUUUUGGGGCAUUCUAUGCAGAGGAUUGCGGAAUGCGUUCGGUGGCAAUUGCUAACAAUCCCAGCUCUCGAGACUGGAAUCCCAUUCUCGAAGUCCGUGGCUUGUCGUGGGCGGAUACGAGCUUUAUGCCAAAGUACUUGACAAAUGCUUCAAUGGGCUAUACCGGGCCGCCUCCCCUGUAUGACCAUGUUUACACCAACACGCGCAUACUGUUGGAGCCGUGGUGGAGGUAUCCCGGCGAGGAAACUUGUUCACGACAUCCACUCGUUUCUGAGACUGCACGGCUCAAGCUGGGAAUGGAAGGAUCUCCCCCUAUCUGCCCUGGGGUUCAACAAACGUGGGUUCGAGAUCUAGAUGGAUCUCUUCUGCGCGAGAGUGGUGUGGGACUACCCACCGGCGGGCUCUUGCCCAGCUCCUGCGAUUCGCAGACCUCGAGUUUCGUGCUCCGCUUAGUGGGAUCAUCUAGGAUCCAUGCGACAACAGUGCAAUAUCAGUGGAGGGCAACAAAUGUUUGCACUCUCACCUCAUGUUUUUCAUCCCGCCGUAGCAUCUCACUGACAGUCUUUAGAUAUCAAGCCCACCGUUACUCCUAUUCCUUCGCCCAAGUUGAUGGCGACCUACAUUCCCAGCGCUUGGCCACAGCGCUGUGGCGACGAGACGACCGCACAGUGUCCCGCAGGUGGAGCUUGGUGUCAUAG